GUGUGACACUAUACCGGAAAGAGACGGCGGGCUAGUUUUACAUAUGAGGAUUAUACCUGCUAUAAUGUUGAGCAGGUAUACAGAUUUAACCGACCACUCUGUAUGGUUCAGGACGUAGCGGACCAAAGCGAAACAGAACUUUCUCGAACAAAAGAGGAGAGCGAGCUACAACGACAGCUAAUGGACGCUGCUUUCAAGAAGCCUCAAGUUGUCUUACACAGAGCAGACGUCAGUGAAGAACAUCUUCCCCCUGAGCAGCAGGAGUGGAGCUCCAGGAUGGAACACAUGAAAGAGGAAAAGGAGGACCCACAGGCACUCAAGCUUAAAGAGGAGGAUAAGGAGCAACAGCCGCCCCACAUUAAAGAGGAAGAGGAGGAUCAUAGCAUCAGUCAGGAUGGAGAGCAUCUUGAAGGACUGGAGGAGUUCCCAGUGAUUGGCGUCACUGUGAAGAGUGAAGAUGAUGAAGCUGAAAGUGAGGAGAAGAGAGAGGUGGAGCCUCCAAGCAGCAGCUCAAUGCAACACAUGACAACAGAAGCUGAUGGAGACCACUGUGGAGGAUCACAAGCACACAACCUCUUAGCUCCACUUUCAGAUAGUGACGACACGGCGUCACACUCUCCUGACACUGAUGAUGAAGACUCUGAAGCUGAUAUGACAUGUCACACUGACAACACACGCUGGAAAUGUUCUCAAUGUGACAAAACUUUUGUUACCAAAGACAAUCUGAAACUACACAUGAGACAACACACAGGCAAGAGACAUCACACAGGAAAGAAACCUUUUGACUGCUCAGUUUGUGGUAAAAGAUUCAUUGCUAAGUCAAUUUUGAAAACGCACAUAGUCGUGCACACUGGAGAGAAACCUUUUCCUUGUACAGUGUGUGGUAAAAGAUUCUCUCAGCGCUCAUAUUUGAAUGUUCACAGUAGAGUGCACACUGGAGAGAAACCUUUUCCUUGCUCGGUAUGUGGUAAGAGGUUCAUGGUAAAAGGUGUUUUAAAACAACAUACAAGAGUACACACUGGUGAGAAACCAUUUCCUUGCACGGUGUGUGGUAAAAUAUUUUCCGAGCAGUCACAUUUGAAAGUCCACACUAGAGUACACACUGGAGAGAAACCUUUCCCAUGCACAGUGUGUGGUAAAAAAUUUUCGCAGCAGUCAUAUUUGAAAGUUCACACAAGAGUACACGUUGGAGAGAAACCAUUUCCCUGCACAGUGUGUGGUAAAAGAUUUUCCCAGCAGUCACAUUUGAAAGUCCACACAAGAGUACACACUGGAGAGAAACCUUUCCCUUGCACCGAGUGCGGUAAAAGAUUCUAUGAUCAAAGUCAUUUAAAAAGACACGCAAGAAUACACACUGGAGAGAAACGUUUUUCCUGUGCGGUUUGUGGUCAGAGAUUCUCCAAGAAGAUAUCUUUGAUAGGUCACACAAGAACACACACAAUAGAAAACAACCUUUCUUGUUCACAACGUAUCGGUAAGCAGAGAUCAGGUGUGAGCGUGAAGUGUUGUGAUUGUGUGAAAAUGUGUAAAGUACAAACGCUGAGAGCGUUGGUGAAUCAGCGACUAAGUGCGGUUGUUGAAGAAAUAUUUGUCGUGUUGGAAAGAACGAUAGCAGAGUACGAGGAGGAACUUUCUCGAACAAAAGAGGAGAACGAGCGACAACGUCAACUACUGGACGCUUUUUUCAGGAAGCCUCAAGUUGUGUUACACAAAACAGACGACAGUAAAGAACAUCUUCCUCCUGAGCAGCAGGAGUGGAACUCCAGGGUGGAGCAGGGGGAGCCACAGCUACAGCCGCCCCACAUUAAAGAGGAACAGGAGGAUCACAGCAUCAAUCAGGAGGGAGAGCAUCUUGAAGUACUGGAGGAGUUCCCAGUGAUUUGCUUCACUGUGAAGAGUGAAGAUGAAGACAAAGGUGAAAGUGAGGAGAAGACAGAGGUGGAGCCUCCAAGCAGCAGCUCAACUCAACACAUGACAACAGAAGCUGAUGGAGACCACUGUGGAGGAUCACAAGCACACAACCUCUUAGCUCCACUAUCAGAUAGUGACGACACAACGUCACACUCUCCUGACACUGAUGAUGGAGACUCUGAAGCUGAUAUGACAUGUCACACUGACAAUGCAUGCUGGAAAUGCUCUCAGUGUGACAAAACUUUUGUUAGCAAGGGAAAUCUGAAACUACACAUGAGACGACACACAGGAGAGAAACCUUUUGCCUGCUCAGUUUGUGGUAAAAGAUUUGUCGACAAGUCAAAUUUGAAACUACACAUGAGCAUGCACACUGGAGAGAAACCUUUUCCUUGCACUGUUUGUGGUAAAACAUUUUCUCGGCGAUCACAUUUGAAGGUACAUACAAGCGUACACACUGGAGAGAAACCUUUUCCUUGCAUGGUGUGUGGUAAAAGAUUCUAUCGAAAAGGUGAUUUAAAGCAACACACAAGAAUACACACUGGAGAGAAACCUUUUCCUUGCUCGGUGUGUGGCAAAACAUUCUCUCGCCGGUUCCAUUUGAAAGUACAUACAAGAAUACACACUGGAGAGAAACAUUUUCUUUGCUCAGUGUGCGGUAAAAGGUUCAGUCAAAAAGGUGAUUUAAAGCAACACACAAGAAUACACACUGGAGAGAAACCUUUUCCUUGCACAGUGUGUGGUAGAAGUUUCUGUCGGCAGUCACAAUUAAAAGUACACACAAGAAUACACACGAGAGAAAAGAACUUUGACAGAACACAUAAAAAUCCACACUGAUGAAUAACUUUUUUUGAAAGGACGCAUCAAGCUGGAUUUAAAAAAAAGGAAAGUACAAAUAAGCAAGACAGUAUUACUCUAAACAGUGGAAUUGUGCAAAAGGACCUCUGAUGUAACUGAUAUUAUGAUGAAAUGUGUGGAAUAUUUGUUUCAUCUAUUGUCUUUUUUAGACUUGAGAAUUGUAUAUUUGACCCUUAAUCAAAGAAACUCACACAAGAGGUUUGCAGGGGUUUGAUACCUGGCCAAGGUUGCGUUAGGAAGGGCAUCCUGUGUAAAAAUCUAUACUCAAUCAGCUAUAACGAUAUACAGUAGUAAGAAAAAGUAUGUGAACAUUUUGGCAUUUCUACAUUUUAUGAAUAAAUGUGUCACAAAAUAUGAUUUGCUCUUCUUGUAAGUCAAGGGUGUUGACAAAUAGCAUUAUUAUUAUGAUUAUUAUUACUAACUAUACUAGAAUAAUGUUUAUGUGAAGCUCAGGGUGGGCUCUGAGUUUGUAAUGGAGGUGUGCUGGUCAGAGGUCCCAAGCUGAAACCAAGUUGCCUCUUUGGUUUGUAUGUCUCACUUGGCAAAAUCUGCACAGGUUCUCGGUUUCAAAGCUUCCCUGAAAACCAGUCAGGCCGUGUGCCCCCAGAUUGUCGGCGCACACAGGAUACACUGUACGUUUAACAUGAGUUUUCCGUUGUGAAGAAUGGGUGAUUACUUUUGUUCCAGCCAAAUUGUUUUAUAUCACUGAUUUUUUCCCAGCAGUGACUGCUGUAUUAGAUGUACAAUGUUUUCAUUGUCUUUAAAAUCAGUGUACACUUACAUGGAGCCAAGGAAACGUGUCUUUUUUACCCGUGUUAUGAGUCGCGCACACGCACGUCCACCACUGCAUGAAAUGAAACCAACACAUGCGAGUCAAUAACUUGAGACAGAUACACGGAGUGAACCCUCUUGUCAUCCAGCCUGUUCGUUAGAGAGGAGGAACACAAACACGCAUGCGCAUGUCAAUGUAUCGAAAAUUAACAAGUUUGUUUUUGUCGUGUGACAUUAACUCAUAGUGUGACACCUUAUUUAUUUAAGACGUUAUUGGCUGACAGGUUUCAUUUUGUGCUGUAGUAGACGUGGGUGCACCUUAUAACACGCACGGGCAAAAAAAAAAAAACGUUCACGUUGUUUCCUGUUUCCUGUAAACAUGUGUGCGCUAAUUUUAAAGCUAAUGUGCACAUCAUUGUAUAUGUAAUACAUCAGUUCCAGCAGCAGUACCCAGCAUGCAUUGCGAGCUCUUUGUAUA